UUGCAUUUCAAAUCCCCAACCCUCCCUUCUAUAUAUAUCUCCGUCUGCACUUCUCUCCUGCCGUUUCGUUUCGCCUUUUGGACUUCAGAGCGGAGGUAGAGCCAGUCGUCGUAUUUUUGAGGUCGGCCUGCUCUGCCUUCGAUCUUCGUUGUCUGAUCACUACAAGUCAUAAAAGAUGGCCGAUGCUGAGGAUAUUCAGCCCCUUGUUUGUGACAAUGGAACUGGAAUGGUGAAGGCUGGGUUUGCUGGUGAUGAUGCUCCAAGGGCAGUUUUCCCAAGUAUCGUUGGUCGACCUAGGCACACAGGUGUUAUGGUUGGGAUGGGGCAGAAGGAUGCUUAUGUUGGUGAUGAAGCCCAAUCAAAGAGAGGUAUUCUCACUUUGAAGUAUCCCAUUGAACAUGGUAUUGUCAGCAACUGGGAUGACAUGGAGAAAAUCUGGCAUCAUACAUUCUACAAUGAGCUUCGUGUUGCUCCAGAAGAGCACCCAGUGCUUCUCACAGAAGCACCGCUCAACCCCAAAGCCAAUAGGGAGAAGAUGACACAAAUUAUGUUCGAGACCUUCAAUGUUCCUGCAAUGUAUGUUGCUAUCCAGGCUGUUCUGUCUCUAUAUGCUAGUGGUCGCACAACUGGUAUUGUGCUGGAUUCUGGUGAUGGUGUCAGUCACACUGUACCUAUCUAUGAGGGUUAUGCCCUUCCUCAUGCUAUUCUCCGUCUUGACCUUGCUGGUCGCGAUCUCACAGAUGCCCUUAUGAAGAUCCUCACUGAAAGGGGUUACAUGUUUACUACCACAGCUGAACGGGAAAUUGUCCGUGACAUCAAGGAAAAACUUGCAUAUGUUGCUCUUGAUUACGAGCAAGAACUAGAGACUGCAAAGAGCAGCUCAUCAGUUGAGAAGAACUAUGAGCUCCCUGACGGUCAGGUUAUCACCAUUGGGGCCGAGCGGUUCCGCUGCCCAGAGGUCCUCUUCCAGCCAUCAUUGAUUGGAAUGGAAGCUCCUGGAAUCCACGAGACUACCUACAACUCCAUCAUGAAGUGUGAUGUUGAUAUCAGGAAGGACCUGUACGGGAACAUUGUGCUCAGUGGUGGUUCAACCAUGUUCCCUGGUAUUGCAGACCGUAUGAGCAAGGAAAUUACUGCUCUUGCUCCUAGCAGCAUGAAGAUCAAGGUUGUGGCACCACCAGAGAGGAAGUACAGUGUCUGGAUUGGAGGAUCUAUCCUUGCAUCCCUCAGCACCUUCCAACAAAUGUGGAUUUCAAAGGGCGAAUAUGAUGAGUCAGGUCCCUCUAUUGUUCACAGGAAGUGCUUCUAAGUUCUAUCUUUUGCUUGAAUGGUGAGUUUUUCUUUGCUAUUUUAGUUGGCUUUUCGUGUUAUUUGUCAUGAAGUCAGUCUGCUUAACGUGGAAGCUACCGAGCUGGAGCAUAUGAAAAUCAGGAUUUGUCAUCUCCAGUUCAUUGGAUUUGGCUCUAAUUCUCAGACGCUGAAAUGUAAUGGGCCCUGGGACUUCCAUGAUAUGUCAUUCACCCGUCUCUUCUAGUAGGAUGUUUGUAGGUGGAGAGUGAUUGUGUUGGUUUUUCCGUUCUCAUCUCUCUUCUAAUCUUCACAUUUUGAGUUUCCUUUUUUGUUGGGAACAAUUAUGUUAAUAUUUAUUGUAUGAGAGAUUUUAUGUUAGUGCCAGCCUGCGGUCAUAUACUCUUAUUGGAAAUUAUAUUUUGAUACUGGUUUGAAAUCUUA